AUGGUGCUGAGCGCAAUCUGGACCCUGGCCUUUGGUACACACAACCCCUUACCGGAGACCCAGGAUGAGAGUCAUAUCACCAGCAACGACCACGACCAGAACCACGGCGAGGAUCACGAUGACAAUGAGGUCAACAUUGCCAAGAUACUUGCCAGACAGCGGGACGUGACUGAGGCAGAGCGCGACAUCCUCGGGACGACCGUUUAUCUGCCCGCACCCAGCAUCCGCGACGAGACAGCCGAGAACAAGAGCGGCUUCAUCCUCGUCGUUACCUCGUUGACCCUCAAUAACAUUGGAUGCUAUCCAUUCUUUGGGAUCCGCGACAGGCACCAGGUGUUUCCAAAGCUCUUCCCAGAGACAUCGCCCCGAUCCUCUUUUCAAUAUCUUCGACAAGUAUAUCGAUCACAAGGAGUCCUGGGGAUCUGGUACGGGAUGCCGUGCAGCAUGAUCUGCCACACUUGCACCAUCUUUUACGAGGCCUUUCUCAACAGCAUCAUUGGACGACUUCGACAGCGAUCACGCAAAGUCCUCCCCAAGGCCAUGAUCUAUCUCUCAACGCGGAUAGUCGAGUUCCUUCUUUAUAUACCCCUCUAUCCGCUCCUCCGGAACUCCUUGCUCCUCAGAAUGGACUCUCGCACUGGACCUUGGCCCGCCAACUCGUCUUACUUUUACCUCCUCAAGACCUUUGCGAUCGACUAUGUCCAUGACCUUAUCGGCCUCUUUUACAGCCGAGGCCGGUCUCCAAGCAUUCUGCCGCUCUACUCCACGGUACUCCCAUCGUAUAUCUUGAACUUGCUCUUUGAAAUCAUCCAGACCUGGAUCUUCCGAUGGAUCUACCCCAAAUUGGUCCCCGCCAGCUUUUUUACAAGGAAGAAAUCAUCCAAAUCGGGCGUGUCACCACCAUCGCCUCCACCGUUGCUGUCAGCCAUGCCUCUAAGCACAACCAGCGGGCCUGAUUCUAGGAAUAUCACAGAUGCUUUUGGGUCGUCUUCAUCAUCAGCGUCGCCCAGCCGACGACCCGCAUCGACGGCAGCAGCGCAUCGGGGCGGCCAGCAACAGCAACCACCAUCGCCUUCCGAGAAUGGAACGAUGACAGCCGUGACCGCGACCGAGAUCUCGGCCACGAUCAUGGCCGCAAUGCCGACCUACACCUCAUCCAAUGCUCCGAGCUCCACGAACACCGUGGCCGUCAAUCGGGCGAGAAGAGGACUCCGGUACCUAUCGACGGUUACGCCUCGGAACCCUACCCUGCUGCAAGAGUUUUAUCCAGAGAUGGUCUGUGCGAUGACCAGUAGCAUGAUCACACGCGUGCUGCUGUAUCCGCUCGAUACUGUGGCGUGUCGCGUCUCUGCCCAGGGCGGAACGUUCCCAGGGAUCGGAGUCUUACCGACGCCCUAUUCCGGGUUCUGGGAUUGCUGGAUACGAUCGAUUCGCAGAGAUGGGAUUCUGGGUCUUUAUUCUGGCGUGGUGGACUGUAUCGUUAUCGAGGCUAUGGUGCGCUGGGUCGUGUUAGAAGGGACUUGGUUCGCGCACUUGGUCAUCAAGUGGAUUCAUCGAGGUUAA